GAAAGUGAAAAGUGCGCUAAACAGCCACAAAACCUCUUUAAUUUCAAUUUCCUGCGCCUGGAUAUUGAUUUUUAAGAAAUUUUCAAGAAGAUAAGAAAUUUAAAGAAAAACUUAAUUUCAUAAAUUUGUGUGCAUCAUUUAAUAUUCUAAUAUCGUCAAUUUACACCAUAAUUCACCGAUAUAGUGUAUAAAGCUCACAGAAUUAUCAUAAAAGUCAUACGAAGGAAAAACAGCCAGCAUCAGACCGAGAAAAAAAGAAGUAAACAUUUUCAUAUCAUUUUAAUAAAAGCAGACAACAUAAAUCAUGGAUAAAGUCAUUGGAUUAUUGUCAAAAGCAAACCCAAAUCAAGCAAAUCAGCCGGACGAUGGAACUCCAUGGUAUUUUAAAUAUGGAUCACGAGCAUUAGGAAUAAUUGGAGCAUUCUUCUGUAUUCUCUUCGGUCUUUGGAACUGCCUGUCUAUCCUUGUAGGAAAUGUAUCAUGUCUAGUUUCGGGUAUUCUACAAGUUUGUGUGGGAUUCGCUGUUAUGGGAGUCGAAGCACCGUUCUGUUGUAUGUUCAUUGAUCAUGUACAAACGAUUUCAAAGAAGGUCGACGAGAAGCCAGUGUGGAUUCGAGGUGCUCUGUAUUGCAUACUUGCUAUUAUUCCAGUAGUUUUGUGCCCAGGCCUCGGAAGUCUUUUUGCGUGCGGUCUCGUUUUCGGAUGUGGUGUGAUUUACGGAAUGAUGGGACUCGGCAAGAAAGCAAGUCGUGAAGAAAUGGCAGCAGCUGCGGCAGCACAGCAACAACAAGGUAGUAAAACAGCACCAGGAGUUAAUUUAGUCAGUAAUGCUCAACCAAUAGCUCAUUCAAAUCCACCAUUUGUCAAUACUGUGUAAGUUGAUGAUUGAUUGAAAAUCUGUGAGAGUGAAUCAAGCGAAUG